AUGGCUGUGAGGCAAAAGACCGCGAAGACCACCUCCACCUUUAAAAGCAAUUCAACUUCCAAUAAGAAGUCCUCGACGACCAAAUCCAAAAAAUCAUCUACCCGUACACCCUUGAAGAAACGUAUCCAAUGGGGCAACCUGUCUCCCUUUCCCGACAAUGUAUUGAAGAGGAUAUUUAGUUUUUGUCUAGAAGAGGGAAGAGAGGGGUGGUAUACCCCUCAGAAGACUUUGGUGAAUUCCCUGAGAGUGAAUAGCGUCUUCUUCACUAUAGCUGGAUCAGUACUCUACCAUUCACCAACAGUCAUGGAUUUAGGGACCUUCAUAAGUGGUUCAGCACGACGAUUGCCCUUGGACAAGUUCAAUUUUGACUUCGAUCCUGAUUUGACUAAACCUGAUAAUGCGGCAUUGGCGAGGAAAUCAGGUUGUACGAAAUUGGUCUUGUUACAAUACGUAAAACAUCUUGCGAUCUUACCUUGUACUGCUCCGAGAACACCUACCGAUACCGAGCAUUCACAAUUGGGGGUAGAGGAGGCAUAUCAAUCCACGCAAGAUAACUUGGAACAUUUAAGGAAAAAUGCAGGAUAUUUUAAAGGUCAGACAUACGAACGAGCCAAAACCAUCAUUCAUGAACAGUAUAGGCACAUCACGCCAAACUGUCGGACGGUCACUAUAGGCAAUGAUAUGGAUAUCCACAGCAGUUUGAAGGACGUACUUGAAAGGAUACAAGCUCAAGAAGAUGAGAAGGAACGAGUCAAGACCCUCAAGAGCGUGAAAAACCUCAUUGACAAGUUACACGGUCAUUUUGAAGAAGCUAUCGGAUCCCUUCGACUAAGUUUGAUGUCCCGCUUCAAACCUGGAGAAUGGUACGAAUAUAUGAAUCCAGAUUACAAGAUACCGUUCAAGCCUGAAAUGUCAAAUGCAGAAUACAAAUCUCAGUAUUUCCCAUCCAAAUGGAUGAUCAAUACGGAUUUAUCGGAUCAGUUCCCUUUAUUGUGGGGAUCAAUCAAUCAAAUUAUCGUUCGACCAGGACAAAAUACCCCAACAAUUGACGAUUUAAUUCCCCCUCCUAGAUCUAAAGAUAUAAAAAGGAAAAGAAGACAUUCAUGGGAUAGCGAUAAUGAUAGUGAGGAAGAUGAAUGGGAAAUGAAUAUGACUCCUCCUCCUCCGUCGGAUCUCAUUCAUGGGAUUGCAUCUAGUACCCAUCGUCAACAAGGGGAUAUGAUGGCGGACUUGAUGGGAUUGGACCACGAAAACGUUCAGACAAUUCUGAGAUCUAUAGUAGAUUCUCAUCCUAGGACAUUCAGUCGAUCGCUGUUACAUGCAGAUACAAAAAGGGAAUUGGAAGAUAAGACGGUAUUCGAGAUAUACGGUAUAGAAAAUGUCAUAAAAUUAAAUAAUGAUGUCGAGGGACUUGGAAGACCGAGAAGGAAGGAGAGGGAAAAGGAGGUCAAAUCGAAAUUUGAUUACUAUACGUUGGAAAUUUACCAAUCGCUCCAAAGGCAAUUUAAGUUUAAGGAUAGGUUUUGGCAGAAUAAGGAAGAUGAAAGUGGACCGGUAGUGAGAUUUGGGAUGAUGAGGGAAUCAAGAGAUGGAUGA